AUGGUAUCUUUUGAUGUUACAUCCCUUUUUGCUUCUAUUCCCCAGGACCUGGCGAUCGAGACAAUCGAGUUGCUACUACAAAGUGAAUACGAUGAAACGAAGAAUCGUCUUGGACACGCCGAAGUCCUUCUGUUCCUGAAGUUCUGUCUCAGGACGUACUUCAGGUUCGACGGGACAAUCAACGAACAGGUGAAGGGCACACCAAUGGGUUCGCCGAUUUCGGGAUGCAUCGCCGAGGCGGCCCUACAACGGUUAGAGUCGCUGGUCUUCAAACACCACAAACCGAAGUUCUGGGCCCGGCAUGUGGAUGAUACCUUCGUCGUCAUCGAACGGAAUCAGGCGCUGACAUUCAAAAAACAUCUCAACGCCGUCCUUCCGAACAUUCAGUUUACGAUGGCCAUCCUAGAUGUCCUCGUAAGUCGCAAGGAUUGUGGUGGACUAAAGCGCAAAGUGUUCAGGAAAGAGACAAACACGAUGCAAGUACUGACCUUCAGCAGCAACUACCCAAUCAGCCACAAAAGCAGUUGUGUAAGGACGCUCUAUCGGCGUGUCGAAACGCCCUACAGUGAGUCGGAAAACAAGACUGCCGAACUACAAUACCUCCAACUGGUCUGAAUAGCCACUGGCUACCUGCGCAACUUCGUCAACCGGUGGCUACGCAAAAGGGACGAAAGGCCUAACCGCAUGAACACCAAAGUUUGUUGAGCGCUCAUAUAUUUCAAAAACGUUUCGGAAGUUGUUGGCCGCCUUCUUGCACCACUUGGGGUUGGAGUUGAACACAGACCGGAGGCAACCAUCAGACGUAAGUCAAUGAAACCGAAAGACCCACUGCAACGGCUAGAAACGUCUGGAGUCGUUUAUCGGAUCUGCUGCAGUUGCGGACAAAGCAACUACGUCGUAGAAACAGGAAGACAGCUCCGAACGCGAAUGGCCGAACACGCUGCAGCCGUGCGGAUAAAUGAAGCUAGCUCUCAAGCUGCGGCUCAUUCGACGGGUUCUGGCCACACAUUCAGAUUGGACAAGGCCGAAAUUCUCGCAGGAGGUGACAAGCGCGUGAGACGGGAGCUAGUGGAAUCAUGGUUUACUGGCCCCCAGUCUAUUAACAAGCGCAAUGAUCUUCCGAUUCAAUAUUCGGUGCCGAGUCUUCGCCUAGGCGGAGUCAUUGGUCACGAGGGGAGCGCAGAGGUGAACACUCUUCCCAACACCCGGGUCAGCGCGUCAGAUGGUCGGGCAAUCAUCACGCCAACAUCCAACGCACAUGAUGAUAUUGCAACAACUAUCGGCGGGAAUGUCGGCCAUCACGCCACGUGCAAUGAUCCCUGAUGAAGGGGGAGUCGCGAAUAUUCAUAGGUAUGAGGUAGCACGGUUACUGCAUCUUAUAAAUGCUGCAGCCCCAUAUGCAUGAACCACAUAUAUCAGCUUUUUUCUCUGAUGAGGAAUUCGAGUAGGAAUGCGAAACGUCAGGCUAAUAAAGCUCUUGUCCCGGCAACCGUGUCUUUUUCUUCAAGUUGUUUCGUCGCUUGGUACAGCCCUUAACCUGCGUUAUUUGUACGCCCAAUUACCGCAUGCAGCCUUUUUCGGCUAGCUGCUAUAUCUCCGCAACCUGUGCUUCCGUUAUGCAGUUGGCAGCGGUUUAUUUAGUCGCCUGAAAUACCUCGACUACCUUUGUUCUUUAGCUUUUCGAAUUCAUGUGCAUUGGACGGCUUUUGAUGUUAUUUUGCACUUUUUCUCUUUACUGAUUGUUGGGAGUGCCUACACUCCCAAAAACAAGAGCAAACCAAUCACUGGAUAUCACGUGCGUUUGCUCUCUCUCUAAAGCGCUGUCAUCUUAAUCGGGCGCCUUCCCAUUGGCUACUCCCCCUCUUCCCGAAGGUCAUUGGCCGAAUGCCGGCGAACCACAAUAGCGUGUUAAAAAUAUGCGUCACCCUUAGGUAGACGUGACUUGCAGUGUUUUGCUAAUGCACGUUCCGUGGCCAGCCGUGUGUUCUUUGUCUGCUGCUUUGGUAUUCGGGUCCAGGGUCGAGUGCGUAUACGCUCCACGGGAUUUCACGUACCAGGCGGGUCAUAACAUAUUGGCGACGCAGUUUUUCAACUACGAUGGCUGAUGAGUACGCAGACUUGAAGCAGAUGUUGCAGCAGCAGCUGAAGCUAAUGGAGGCACUAUCCGUUAAGCUGUCCGACUCGUCCAUGGGUCAAUCAAGCACGGCAGGUGGUUCGCAAUCUGUUGAUCACAUUGCUGGCAGCAUCACUAAAUUCUUGUAUGACCCGCAGGCCCAUAUCACCUUUGAUUCCUGGUAAAAGCGAUACGAGGACUUGUUCUUUGUCGAUCUGGCUGCCCAGGACGAUGCAUGGAAGGUCCGACUUCUACUUCGCAAACUGGGUCCGGCUGAACACGAGCGUUAUGUCAACUUCAUCCUCCCCAAGAAUCCCCGAGAAGUCACUUUCAAGGACACGGUUUAG